CAACGCCCUCCAGUUUGUCGGCGUUUGUGGCAGAGCGCGCCUGCGGAGUUCGGCGCUCUCCCCGGGGGUGAACGGGUGACAGAAAGCGAAGAGCCGCCGGUGACAGGAGAAUGAGCGGGGGCAAGACGUCCAGGGAACACCUAGCCAAUGGCGGCGUGAAAGUGUCCGUGUGGAGUAAAGUGCUGAAGUGUAAUGCGGCCUGGGAGGACAAGGAUGAGUUUCUAGAUGUGAUCUAUUGGUUUCGACAAUUAAUUGCAAUUUUUUUAGGAGUCAUCUGGGGAGUUGUUCCACUUAAAGGAUUCUUGGGAAUAGCAAUAUUUUGUCUCAUCAAUGCUGGACUUUUGUACCUCUACUUUAGCAGCUUCCAGCAAGUAGACGAGGAGGAGUAUGGCGGAACCUGGGAGUUAACAAAAGAGGGAUUCAUGACAUCUUUUGCAUUGUUUUUGGUGGUUUGGAUAAUUUUUUACACUGCAGUUCACUUUGAUUGAAGACUGAAAAUAGCUGCCGGUCCCUGUCAAGUUUAAAUUACAAAAGAGAAAUUAAAACACUUCAACUGUGUUUGCAUUAUGAAAACUGGCAAUAGUUCAAAUGUUUUUUGCCAUCAAAUCACGGGACCUGUGAUGAAACCUUGGGAUAUCUUGCAGGAAGCAGUAUUCCCACAGAGGCUGUUUUAAUGUCUGCAAUAAUGUAUGGAACAUCCCAGGAAUCUUACAAGAUGUGGAUCUCUAUUUUAAGACUGUUUCAAGAGCUCCAGAAGCAUUGAAAUCUGACGACCAUGUCAAAGUGCAGCUUCAUUGUGUCAUCCCCUGUAAUGUCGGUACUCUUUGUUAGUAUCUGUUUUAAUUUAACAAAUGUAAAUUACUUGUAGAAUUGGAGAAGAAACAUUAAUUUUUGACUUGUACAUCUUUCAGAGUUUGUAUUUCAGUCUUUAUAAUGGAAAAUGAUUGCACCUUGGGUGGCAUUAAAAUUACAAGAGUGUUUUGUACCUGUUUUAAAGAUCCAAGUAUUCAGCCAGCAUUUCAAAAUUACGCUCAUCUGGUAAAGGCCUAUUUUGAAUUUCCCAUCCUGACUCCUAUUGUCUUCCUCCUUUUUCUGUUUUGAUGCAAAGAUGUCUGGUUACAUGGAUAGCUACCAAACACUUGAUUUUUGGGAUACAGUGUUUUGAAAGCUUUAACUGUCUAGUAAAUAUCAGAACAUUGCCUAUCAGUAGAAAACCACCUUGUCUGUCCAGGCUAGUCCAUGUAUUUGUUUAAUACCUUUUAUAGUGUGGACUUAGUGGGCCAGAGGGCCUGUUUCCACACUGUAGGGAUUGUGUGAUCUGUGAUCAUGAGAUAUUCAUGCACCAUCCAAUUGUUUGUUUUUGUUUUAAAACUGAGACUUUCCAGGAGAGACAAUAAAAACAUUUUAAAACCUGGGUCAAUGUUUGAGGAGAAAAUCUUGAUAUUUCCUCUCCUUGCCUACCAGAUUGAAACUAGUCCAGAAAAUCACUGGCAUCUGUUAAUUCCUUCCAUUCCUUCCUUUUUUUGUAAGAGGUAACCUUAGCCACAUGUAGAAGCAGAUGCAACUCUUGCUUGAAGAAAUUUGAUGAAUUAGUGUCUACUACUCAGCUCUGGUAGUCUGUGACAAAAGAACCACUAAGGCCUCAUCUUACCCAUCUUAAAAAGUAAUGACCAUUGGUCCUCACCGGUCUCUUGAAUUGUAACAAAUUGCCAACUUUCGAGCGACUUAGUCCUUGCGUCCUCCUGUUCAAUUUGUCCUUGUGUCUGCUCUUCUCAAAAGUGGGGACCUAGCUCUCUUCUCUUGAUAAAUUCUAUUUUAAUACUUAAAAUGAGGUGUAAAACUAUAUAAAUGAGGCUCGGUAAUGGGAGAAGUUAAUAUGCAACUUGAGUGACCUACUAGAUUGUAUUAGUGCUGAAGGAGUGCAGUCGGUACUGCAUGUGGAAUUUGAGGUGAUCUCAAUUAUUAAAAUAUUCUCCAAAUAAGAUCACAGCUCUAUGGCUCAAUGUUCAAAUGUUGCUUUGCACCCUGAUGUUAUAGUUAAUAUUUUCAUUGCUGUGACCCACUUUCUUACAAAAUCCCAGUCUCUAGAUUUUUCUCUGGUGUUUCAUAGUAUGCAGUCUGUUUCAAUCUGAUGGACUGUGAAUUUUCAACAAAACUCCUCUUUAUUUCUUCUGUGCACCAAGGUUCAAAUGAUCUGAAGAUUUUUUUUUAAAGUUUGAUAAGAAGGAUGUGCCUGAGAGCCUUUAGAUAGUUGUCAGUGAAUUCAGCAGCCACUUUUGAGCUGCCUUUGAAAAGAUGAAAAACAGAAAGAGUUUAUUUGGGCAUUAGAAGAACAAAAGGCUAAGGCUUGUGCUUUGUCCAUAUUUGCUAUGAAUCUUUUUGUGGUAGCCCUGCCGGAUGCAGUGAGCAAGAGCUCAAUGCUCCAUGGAUUUGAGUUUAAACAGACUACAUCUUUCUUACUCAUCCCACUCAAUUGGAGUUGGAACCACAGCUAUGAUAGUCAUUUCACUUGUGUGUGUGUUGAGUAUGUUUCAAUGAUUUGUAUGCAGAAAGUCCCUGUUAAGGGAUUACAGGAGAGCCACAUUCCUCAAAGCAAUCAUAACUUCGUGAGAAGAUUUGCGGAUGCUGAGGAAGGGUCACCACACCCAAAGCAUUAACUCUGAUUUCUCUUCACAGAUGUUGGCAGACCUGCUGAGGUUUUCCAGCAAAUUCUGUUUUUUAUUGCUGAUCGUAGCUUCUGGUUCUGUGUGACAGAACCAUGCUGAUCACUGCUGUAGAGGCCUUGCAAAGAAAAGGGAGUAAAUAUUCCAUUCAAUUUAAAGAUGGUCUUGCACAUUUGUAUCCUGUCUUGAGCAUGGACAUAGUUUAAAUAUCAAAAUAAAAAUACAAUUUACUUUGA